ACUGUCAUCUCUUUCCUAACCGUCAAACACGUCCCAAAGAAAGCCAAAAAUAAGGAAGUAACCUCAUUUCUUUUCUCUAAUAUCUCUCUGAUAGAGAAUUUCCCCCGACAUAAUCAAGCUCCUAACGUUUAACGUUUCUCGAAGAUGCGUGUCGCUUUCUCCAAAGAAUCAAAGUUUCUUCUUUCUUAUAGAACUUCUCGCUCUAAAAUGGGCUGAGCCUUCGGUAGCUGGUUUUUGUACCCGACACAAAAGCGGCGAGUUCUUCUGGUCGUUUUUCGUGUCUUUUCUUUUUUCCUUUUUUUUUUUUUGGGCUUGGGUUUUUUCCCUGACAGCAUGUUGAGAAUCGAAGUGGAGGAAUUCUCUACCCCAAGGGCUUCUCUGGAGAAGCCAAGGAGGUCUAUCUCAUCGUCAUUGCCUUCCCUGGUGAUGGUCAAUGGCUUCUCUCGUAAAAGCUUCUCUUAUUCUAAGCUUCCAGAGGAACCCAUCAAGCUCUCCGUUCUCAAAUUGGAUGGCUCUUCCUUUGACGUUGAAGUUAUAAAAUCGGCCACAAUUGCAGAGCUCAAGCUGGCGGUCCAGGAUGUGUUUAGCCAUAUGCCAACAAAAGGUCCAGGAAAGAUUUCGUGGCCGCAUGUUUGGGGACAUUUUUGCUUGUGUUAUGGAGGUUGGAAAUUGGUCACAGACACUGACAUUAUCAUAAACUACGGCAUCACGGAUGGUGAUCAGCUUCGUUUUAUUAGGCAUAUCUCUCCCAUCUUUAACAUGACAAAGAUUCAAUCAAAGAGAAGGAUUGUUGCUCGAAAACAAUCGUAUCUGUCAAUAUCAAGCUCAGCCAGCUCCUUAGGGAGUGAACAGAAUGAUGAAGAAGAUGAUGAGUAUGAUGAUAUGGAGAAUGGAAGGUACCAGACUCACAAAGAUGAAAGUCCGAGUAUCGUUGUGGAGCAAGAAUGCCAGUUCGGUCACUUAUGGAGAGAGUCCACCGCAGCCUCAUCAAUUUGUGUGGCGAAGAAUGGGAUAGCCUUGUGCAAAAAUUUCACGCCCAAUCUCCACACAAAAGAUCCCAUCUUUCAAUUUGUAACACACCAUCCCACAUUUCUCCAAUCAAAUACUCAUCAUCACCUCCCUAGUUUUACCAAGCCAGAAACAACCACACCAAAAGCCAUGGCCAGCAUGAUCAUGGCCUCCUCAAAAUCUAUAGUCCCAGUUACAUCCUCCUCCCUUCCAUCCAAACCCAAACUCCAACAAAUCCAACAACUUUUCCUCCCAAAAAUCCCCACCCCAAAAUUCUUGAAAUCCCAACAAAUCCUCUCCUUUUCUUCCUCUACUCUCAAGUCCAUCUCCCUCUUGACCGCCACCUCUUUAUCCUUUGCCCCACCUUCUCUUGCGGAGGAAAUGGAGAAGGCUGCUCUUUUUGACUUCAAUUUAACUCUUCCGAUUAUGAUGGUUCAGUUCUUGCUCCUCAUGUUUGCUCUUGACAAGAUCUACUUUACCCCACUUGGGAAAUUCAUGGAUGAGAGAGAUGCUGCCAUAAAAGAGAAACUUGCCAGCGUGAAGGAUACCUCUGAGGAAGUGAAGGGGCUUGAAGAGCAGGCUACAGCUAUCAUGAGAGCUGCUAGAGCUGAAAUCUCAGCUGCUUUGAACAAGAUGAAGAAAGAGACCCAGUUGGAACUUGAGGAGAAACUGGCUGAAGGAAGGAAGAAAGUCGAGGCUGAGUUACAGGAAGCUUUGGCUAAUUUGGAGAAACAAAAGGAAGGGACCAUCAAGUCACUUGAUUCCCAGAUUUCUGCUCUCAGUCAGGAGAUUGUCAAGAAGGUGCUUCCUCUCUAAAUCAUCUGCUUUAUUCCCAUUGUCCAUUUGGUUUUAAUUUUGAGUUGAAAAAUGUCUAUAUAAUUUUGAGCUACAUCAACCAUCGAUGUAUCUAAUUAUAAGAUUGAAUUGUACUUAUUGAACCCCAUCCUGUUCUUCUUGUUUCUUUA